CAGAUUUGACAGCAGCCAGCGACGGAAAAACGCACUUUCGGUGAAAAAAAUUAAGAAACAUUUUGUUAAUUUAAACGCUUAGUUUUAGUGAAUUUCUGUGUUUGUGUAAAAUGUUAUAAUAUAACUAGAUGUUAACCGGAUUUGGCAUUGAUUAAGCUUACGGGAUAUGGAGGCUACAGUUUCUAAGGGCCGGGGAGGCGGGCUGGCGGCGGUCCUCGGCGUCGCCAACGUCGGGUCCUUUCUCGCCGCUCUCAACCUGGUCGCCGACCUGCACCCUUCAGAUAAGAUCACACCAAGACGAGGCUGCGUGCUGACACUCCUAGGCUUCGUGUAUUUCACAACGCUGUUUGAGCUACUAAACACGCUCGCACUGUCCACUAGUCUCCGACAAAAAUACCGGCUUAGUUGCGGCGAUGUCCUCGACGUUACCAACAAACUAGUGUCAGCGGUCCAAGCCGCGUUCUGCUGCAUCACGGGCGCCAUCGUGUGCCUGUGGUCGUGCACGCGCGACUUCGCGCGCACCUCUCACUUCGUGUCCGAGGCCUACGCGUGGUUCGGGGCCGCUUACUUCUUCUACGACAUCUGGUCCAUGUACUCGGUACACGUCCAAAUGACGAUUGGAGACGCCAAAGGCAAGCGGAAGACCAAAAACGGUUCACUGACCUCUGUGCCUGUCAAACAGGCGCCGUCUUUCUUCGCAUACUGCAAACAUGAGCCCGUGAUUCUGAUGCAUCAUCUAUUCAUCGGUGGUUUUGGUUUCCUAACUAUUGUGUACUUCCGCGGCGGGCUCGGCGACUGCGUGUUCGGCUUCGUGUACCUCAUGGAGCUCUCCACACCCUUCGUGUCCCUGCGCGGUAUUCUCUCAAGGCUCAAGAUGAAGUCCACCCGGGUCUACCUGCUGAACGGCAUAUUAAUGUUACUCACGUUCCUGUUCUGCCGAGUGCUAAGUCUGCCGUACGUCUGCCACAUGUACAGCAAGGCCGUGGGAAUGUCUUACUUACAGGCCGUGCAAUCGCUACCAACCGGCUGCAAGAUCUCCAUACUGAUCCUCCUGUUGCCUCAACUGUACUGGUUCUACCUGAUGUCGGCCGGCGCCCUUAAGGUGUUCCUCGCCAAGGCCGACGACAAGCGCAGUUUGGAUUUAGUGGUAUCCAAGAUGCUCUUCAAAACGGUCUUCUUAAUCGUGGGCUUAAGCCAGGUUCUGGCGCUGCCCACGGAGCCGGGGUACACCGAGGUGGACUUCAUCGAAAAUGUCCUCAAGGUCGAAGCUGGCUCCGAACUUGACGCUGAAACGUCAAUGUCGCGCAUCGUAUCAGGCUGGCAAGCGUACCCCGGCCAGCAUCCUCACCAGAUCUACCUCCGUAUGGUCAACGCAGCUGGUACCAUGAGCGCCUGUGGAGGCUCCGUGGUGCAUAAGAACUGGUUUAUUACCGCUGCUCAUUGCGCGGCACAACAAGUGAGACUCUUGGUCCGCGCCGGUCUCGUGAACAUCUUGCAGCCCCAAUAUGACUCGGAGACGACAGAGUGGUACAACUAUCCCACGUUCGUGGACGAGUUGGCGCAUAUCGUCCAGCCUGAUGACAUCGCCAUCGCACACGUCGACGAGCCUUUCACUUUCAGCCAUCUGCUGCAGCCCAUCCAGAUGCAGUCAUCAGCUGAUGCGUACAAGGACUACUCCAACCAGCAGGUCAUCGCUAGCGGCUUUGGACGUGUCUGGACAGGAGGUGCCACCUCGGAGGAACUCAACUGGGUGUACCUGACCGGGGUAUCGAACGCCCUCUGCUUCUCUACAUUCGGCACUAUCAUCACCGAAACCACCAUCUGCGCGAGGUUCUUUAAUGUCACCUCACAGUCUACUUGCUCGGGCGACAGCGGCGGCCCUCUAGUCCACGUGAACGACGACGGAGUCCCAAUCCUUAUCGGAGUAGCGGCGUUCGUGGCUGGCGGUGAAUCGGGCUGCCACGCCGGUCAUCCUGCAGGUUUCAUCCGCCUCGGACCUUUCCACAGCUGGUUUACCGAGAAGACUGGCAUUGAUUUCGAUAUCCUAGAAGAAGAUACCGAAGCACCACCUGAGCCACCAACUGAAGCACCAACCGAGCCACCAACUGAAGCCCCAACUGAACCACCAACUGAGGCUCCAGCUGAGCCACCAGUGACUGAAUCCCCAGAUUCCAACGAGUCCGGAGAAGACGAGUCAACGGAAGCACCAGAACCGGAAGAGGACAGUUCAGAGGAGAAGGAUUCCGAUGAAUCUGAUGAUGAUGACCGCGAAUUGUCUAAGUUCAUGAAGAAGUUGGAAGUCAAAGUCAACGUUAAAGUCAAAUUGAACAAGUAUGGCAGGAAACACAAAGUUCACGUUAAAAAAUAAAUGUAAACAUUUAUUAUUACAACUUUUAUAUUUCCACCAUGUACCUACUGUUUGAGUAAUGGAGUGUACCAAUUUGUAUAAAGUCUGCAUAUUGUAUAUUUUACAUUUAAAUAAAUAAUUGAGCAACUUA